UCACAUUUCACAUGUUGUGUAGUCUGAACGGAUCUCACAAGGUGUAACCGAUUUAACUACCGAUUUCUGUUUUAAAACGCCGUUUUGAUUUUAUUAAAGUAUAAUAUUUGUUUUUUCAAAACGUUAUUUAUCCGUAAAGUGAUGGCAAAAGGGGAAGGCGCCGACCAAUAUUCCAACAAUAGUUUAUUAACUAAUAAACCGAUCAACACAGAUGUGGUCAAAUUAGCUGGGAAGCGUGAGCAGUACGACAGGUUGUCCAUAUGCAACAAGCUGUGCUACGCGGUGGGAGGAGCGCCCUAUCAGAUCACAGGAUGUGCGCUGGGCUUCUUCCUCCAGAUAUACCUACUGGAUGUGGCACAGUUGGACCCAUUCUAUGCGUCGAUCAUCCUGUUCGUGGGGAGGGCCUGGGAUGCUGUGACGGACCCGAUCAUUGGCUUUAUGGUCUCGCGCUCUCCCUGGACACGCUUCGGACGAAUGCUGCCAUGGAUCCUGUUCUCCACUCCUUUAGCUGUGGUCAGCUACUUCCUCAUCUGGUAUGUUCCUGAGAUUGAGAAUGGGAAGAUCAUCUGGUACCUGGUCUUCUACUGCCUCUUCCAGACCCUCCAAACUUGUUUCCAUGUGCCCUACUCGGCUCUCACCAUGUUCAUCAGUGAAGACCAGAAGGAGAGGGACUCUGCCACUGCUUACAGAAUGACGGUGGAGGUUCUGGGUACUGUGAUUGGCACAGCCGUCCAGGGUCAGAUUGUGGGCAUGGCCAACCCCCCCUGUAUCCUGGCCCCCGGCGACAAUGUAACAACAGAGGGGCUGAACUCCUCCUUCCUGCUGCUGGGACAGGAAGUUAACACCACGGUCCUCUCUCCCGGCAUCACCCUGGACCAGACGAAAACAGCUUACAUGAUAGCCUCUGGUGCCAUCUGUUCCAUCUACGUGCUUUGUGCUGUGGUGCUGUUCUUCGGAGUCAAGGAGAAGAAAGAGUCGUCUCGGCCCCGGUCAGAGCCCAUGUCGUUCUGGCAGGGUAUCGGGCUGGUGAUGGGUCAUGGACCUUACGUCAGGCUGGUCAUGGGCUUCCUCUUCACCUCACUGGCCUUCAUGCUCCUGGAAGGGAACUUUGCUCUGUUCUGCUGCUACACUCUGGGCUUUAGGAACGACUUCCAGAACAUUCUACUGGUCAUCAUGCUCGCUGCGAUGCUCACCAUCCCUUUCUGGCAGUGGUUCCUCACCAAGUUUGGCAAGAAGAAGGCUGUCUACAUCGGCACCUCGUCUGUUAUCCCCUUCAUGAUCCUGGUGGUGUGUGUGAAGGGUAAUCUCGUCAUUACCUACAUGGUGUCGUUUGCUGCCGGGGUCGGAGUCGCUGCUGCCUUCCUGUUGCCGUGGUCCAUGUUGCCAGACGUGGUGGAUGACUUCCAGGUCCAGAACCCAGACUCUCGGGGUCACGAAGCCAUCUUUUAUUCCUUCUAUGUCUUCUUCACCAAGUUUGCCUCUGGAAUCUCCCUGGGGAUCUCCACUCUCAGCUUGGAUUUUGCAGGGUAUAUGACUCGAGGUUGCACCCAGCCUGAGAACGUGGAUAUAACCCUGAAGGUUCUGGUCUCCGCGGCGCCCAUAGGACUCAUUCUGAUUGGCCUGGUCUUAUUCCGCUCUUAUCCAAUCGACGAAGAGAGGAGGCAGGGCAACAGGAAGCUGCUUCUGGAGCAACGGGAAAAUGAAGCCGACUCAGAAACGGACUCCACAGAACUGACCAACAUGGUGUAGAUUCUAGAACACUCGUGGUCCAUUGGAGUGACACUGUUGCUUACACCGGGUGGUGCUAACGAGGGCUGGACCUAUCACGACGGAGAUACUGCUACCGUCCAAUCACACUGCUGCUCACGUGUCUCAGAACACCUGUCGUCAUGACGAUGCACCGUGUCAAGGAACAACAAAAGUAUCUUAUGGCGACGGAAUCCUAAAACGGAUUGACCUUCCUGGUUCAAUUCCCCGGCCCACUUAAGCUAUGACAAACUCGGAGAAAUUGUUUUGGGUGCAGUCUCAAAAGGCAACCGAUUUCCUAGUGCGCUCUAUGGAGACUCAAUAGAGUACUGUGAAACGCAGCCUUUUGUUGUCGUCGUCCAUGAAUGUUGCACAAAACCCUAAUGUGAUGUGUACCAUUUUUUUUAAUUUUUUUUUAUUUUGCCAAUGUUGAAUAUUUCUGUCAGAACUUGAUCUAUCGUGGCAACAAUUUUCAAACGCUCAAGAUUUUUUAGACAUUGUUCUAGAACAAUCUACUACUCCCCUCAAGUGUGACAUUUGAACGGCCGUCUUUCUAUGGUGAAGACGACCGUCAAUAAAAUUGACUUUUUUUUCUACUCGGUUUACAUUUCAGUUAAAGGUUUAAAAAAAAAAAAAGAAAAAAAAAAAGCCAGACAAAUUAUUUUGGUAGAGAAUUUCUACAACUAAAUACCUAUUACCGGUAUGUGUUUCUACAGACUUCAGUUUGGUACUGUGUAUAAAACAAGGCAGAACCCUAUCUAGCAUUGACAGAUUCAAAGUGUGAUUUCAUCGUUUAAUUUCCUCUUUUUUUUUUAAGGUUUAAGACCUUGUCUGCUAUUUGACACGACAAUGGAGUUCUGUCACGGAUUCCAUUUUGUUUUUACAAUGUUUCCUUCCUCACUUUUCAUUGGCUCAUUCAACAAGGGGUGUAUUCACUAGGAUGCCAAGAGGGAGGGACCUACCUGAAUGUGUCCCAAUAGAAACUCCUUUGUUGCAAAAAAAAAAAACAUUUUUGCUACGUUGUGCACCAAUGAAUACACCCCAGUAAAGCCCAGAAGAGAUUUGGUCCUAACUGCAACACUGAAGGUAACUAGACAUAUAAGUAAAUGUCUCAAACACUGGUUCUUAGUCUCACCAUUUUACACCAGAACCACUAAAGCACAACAAUUGUUAACCAAACUAUUUUACACAGCCUGUUAAACAACUUUAAUACAUGAUAGAUUGUUUCUUACAGCUAGUCAUUAACUUAGUGUUGGGAAAAAAACAAUGACAGCUAGUACUAAUCUAGAAAGAUUACGUUAUUUAAGUAAAAUGUAUUUGUCCUUUUCUCAAGAGAAUACCGUUCACGUUGCUGUUCCUACUGAAAUGUGUACUGAAUGUGUACUAAAAUGUUCUCACUGUAUUGAGAUCAAAACCUUUUCAUUUUUUUUAAUCCAUUUUAUUUUUUGAAAACAGUGAAUUCUCUACCUUGUCUCUUUUUUGAAUGAAGCAAUGGACAUGCAUUUUAAAGAAAAGGGAAGAGUACUAAAGUCAAAGUUUUGGAAAAUGGAGUGGGGAGUGAAGUCUGAGUUUUUAAUGUAUUGAAAGUGUCGACCAUGAUGUCACGUGUCUAAAUUGACCUACAGGGGGGAAAGAAACAAGGAUAUUCUUAACAGUCCUGUGUCAAAAGAUAAUCCUACGUUUCAUGUCAUAUGUUACACACACACAGUUAAAUAUUUACAGAUAAGACAUGUUGAGCAGUGCCUUCAACCAUUGUGAAGGGAAGUCAUGUUUGAUCUCUAUCAGGGUCUAUCUCUGGUCCAGGGCAGGGCUAGCUCUGGUCCAGGGCAGGGCUAGCUCUGGUCCAGGGCAGGGCUAGCUCUGGUCCAGGGCAGGGGCAGGGCUAGCUCUGGUCCAGGGCAGGGGCAGGGCUAGCUCUGGUCCAGUCCAGGGGCAGGGCUAGCUCUGGUCCAGUCCAGGGGCAGGGCUAGCUCUGGUCCAGUCCAGGGGCAGGGCUAGCUCUGGUCCAGUCCAGGGGCAGGGCUAGCUCUGGUCCAGUCCAGGGGCAGGGCUAGCUCUGGUCCAGUCCAGGGGCAGGGCUAGCUCUGGUCCAGUCCAGGGGCAGGGCUAGCUCUGGUCCAGUCCAGGGGCAGGGCUAGCUCUGGUCCAGUCCAGGGGCAGGGCUAGCUCUGGUCCAGUCCAGGGGCAGGGCUAGCUCUGGUCCAGUCCAGGGGCAGGGCUAGCUCUGGUCCAGGGCAUUACACAGUAGAGAAACAGUCUAAUGCACUGGGGGGUGUAUUCAUUACUGUUGCAAAAUGUUUCUUAAAUGGAAGCGAAUGGAAUGAAACUGGGAGGGAUCUACCUGGAUUUGGCCAAUAGAAACUUGUUUAAUUCUUAAACUGAAAUGGUUUCUGUAACGAAUACUCCCCUGGACCUAGAGUUGGCGGACAUCUUGAGAGCCGGAAGCGGGAGAGAGGUGACAAAUCCAGCUUCAGUCACCAGAUGGCCACCCCCCAUUCAUACCUGAUCAGUCUCCUACAAUAGGAAAAGGUGUCAUUUUCUUAUUGAUUGGAUUGGAGAUGGAGACAGUCCCGCCUCCCUCUUGAGGCAGUGGUAGCCAAAACGUUUCAGCUCUGAUCCAAUGGGAAUAUCACUAUAGAUCACGGACACAGAGAGCUCAAACAACGCCUUGUGUAAAAACACUGCCUCCUGUGCAUAAUGUAAAUAUUGAAUGCAAGUAAAAGUUUGAAAUAUCUUUGUUGACAGAAACUAAUGUGAACAGCUAUUCAUCGAUGUAGUUAUUUAAGAAGAGCUGUUAACAUUUAAUAAAUACUAAUUAAUACAGUA